AUGGAGUUAUCUGCUGCAAGUCUCUUAACACAGCUUAUGAUGCGUGUCUCGACUCAAUUGUUGUCCCAUAUUACCAUAAAGCAACACAUAUGCUGGUCAGACAGUACCAUUGUCCUAGCAUGGCUAAACACACCUCCUCAUAGACUUCAGGUCUUUGAAGCUAACAGAGUUGUCAAGAUAACAUCCAAUCCAAUCACCUCCACAUGGAAACAUGUUCCUACAAACCUGAACCCUGCAGACUGUGCGAGCAGGGGAAUGUCUGCCCAGUCACUAUCAGCUCAUGAUCUUUGGUGGUCUCCUAGCUGGCUGAAGGAGCCUCCUGACACCUGGCCCAAAAUGCCUCCUGCUCUAGGCCACCAUGCGCUACCAGGUCUGAAGCCCAAGAAAGUACCAGCUCAUAUAGCAGUUCCUGACCUCGACCUUGACUUGCUUACUCGAUUCAGUUCUCUCGACAAGCUCGUUGGAGUGACAGCUUGCAUAAAACGCUUUAUUUUCAAUUGUAGACACAACUCAACUGAUAGGCGCUCUGGUUCCUUGACAGUUGGAGAACGUAGAGAUGCUCUGUUAUUCUGGGUUCGCUCUGUUCAACACAAUGAGUUUGCGGAAGAUAUUUACCGUCUUCAGGCAGGCAAGAUUUGUACCGUUCGACUUCAGCGUCUUUCACCCUUGAUGAAAGAUGAUCUCUUGAGAGUUGGUGGUCGCCUCACUCAUGCGCCAAUAAGAUACGAUGCUCAGCAUCCUCUCGUUCUGCCCAGCUCUAGCCCACUAGUUGAUCUCAUCAUAGACCACUAUCACAGAAUAAACUGUCAUCCUGGGGCUGACACAUUACACGCUAUCCUCCGUCAGCAGUUCUGGAUACUCUCAGCACGUCGUGUCAUCAGGCAUCGCGUGUACAAAUGCAUUAGAUGUUUCCGAUAUCGCGCUCAGGCCAGAGCUCCGAUGAUGGCUGAUUUGCCCGCAGACAGGGUCACACCUCAGCUAGUAUUUAGUCAGGUCUCUACAGAUUUUGCUGGCCCGUUUCUCAUUAAAUCUAGUACUUUACGUAACGCCAAACUCAUGAAGGCAUACUUUUGUGUCUUUGUUUGCUUAUCUACUAAGGCGGUUCACUUGGAACUCGUUUCGUCACUCAGCACUGAAGCGUUUCUUGCUGCAAUGCAACGGUUUGUAUCGCGUCGCGGUACUCCUACUCUUAUCCGUUCUGACUGUGGCACAAAUUAUGUAGGAGCUAAGAAUCAUCUCAUUGAGGUACAAGAUUUUCUCGCGCAAAAUAAUGACACAAUCACGCAUAGGCUCGUUAAUCAGCACAUAACUUGGCUGCUCCAACCGCCCACGGGACCCUGGUUCGGGGGCCUUCAUGAAAUUGCGGUCAAGAGCACUAAGAAGUUACUUUAUCAUGUUAUAGGUGAACAGCACCUCACGUUUGAAGAAUUUUCCACACUUUUAACUCGAGUCGAGGCAGUACUUAAUUCCAGACCUCUCUGUCCACUUUCGUCAGAUCCCUCCGAUUUUGAGCCACUAACAGCUGGCCACUUUCUUAUUGGCCGUCCACUCACCGCUCUUCCUGAGCCAUCUUUUGAUGAUAGGCCAUUAUCAGCUCUUAAGCGUUUUCAGCUCAUCCAAGCUCUCUCUCAGCGUUUUUGGACUCUGUGGACCAAAUCCUAUCUCCAUACCCUCCAAACCCGCUCCAAAUGGCUUUCCACAUCCUCACCUCCUUAAGUUGGAGAGCUCGUCCUCAUCAAAGAGGACAAUCAGCCCCCGCUGCAAUGGAAACUUGGAAGGAUUAUCCGCACGUUACCCGGCAAGGAUGGAGUGAUCAGAGUCGUGGAUUUGGACACGAAGCAUGGAAGUCUGCGGAGACCUGUGUUCAAGUUAGCCAGGUUGCCGCUGGAUUCAGCACAUGAAGAAGUUCAGCCCCGGCCGCCCCAGGAUGUUCGCGCGACAGCGCGACGUUUGUAAAUGUUCGGCUCAACUCGGGUGCCGUCGCCCGUACGCACCCCGCACCUCUCAUAACAGUGCGGUACAUGACGGCACGCGGAGAUACGCUCGUACGAUAUUGAGUAAAUUGUGCGCGCGCGCCCUUCGUUAUAUACUAAGUAAAAGGUUGAGUGUGAACCGGUGAAAGGGUGUAUGUGCCACCCAUCGCAGAGGAACACCACUACGACCGUGAUAGUGCCAGCAUCAGCCUCCAAGACAGCCGUUGGAGCACCGUGGUUCGUGAGAAACGUAGAUCUCCACGACGAUCAGGAUUCAGACUCCAUCAUGUGGCAACUAAGAUCAACACGCGAUUUUCUUGUCUCUCAUAAAUUUGUCAUUGGGCACCGAUUUUCUGGAAGAAGUUUUUGUAAUUUAAAUAAUAAAACACAUUUAAUUUUUUCAAAAUGUAUGGACAGCAACCUAUAUUAGUUCUCAG